AUGACUAAGCUGCCUUUGGUACCUAUUACUCAUGAAAAUAGAGGUAUUAGCUCGAGUGUUCCACAGAGUCCACUUGGAAUCAAUAUAGAGUCAAUUUACGACGAAUUUCAGGAAGGCGAGGACAAUUUGUUGUCAAGGGUUAGGAAAAUUGGAACUUGUUUGAUUUCUAGUGAUGCUAUUAGUCAGGAAGUCAAGGAAGAUGAUCCGGUGGCACUCACUAGCGACCAUUUUCAGGAUACCAUAUCUUCUCAAUAUGUGUCUAAUGGUACUAGCAGCUUGUGCAUUCGGGAAUGUGCAGUUCUGGAAGCUAAUUCUGAGACAAUAGCAGUUGUUUCCAUAGAUGAAAAUGGUGAUGUUACUCAUGGCGUUAAGAAACUUGUUUCAUGGGAAUCAAAUAUGAAGCCAGAGAUAAUCAAUGAUCUCAUUUCUAUUGAAGAAAAUUGUGAGGCUAGAGGCAUUGACGCAUCAAAAAUGACAUUUUCUGCUUCCCUUCUUGAGGUUCCUGAGGAAGUGAAGACGAAAUUGAAUUUUCCUCCUCUUUGGGGAUUCACAUCUGUCUGUGGACGGAGGCUGGAGAUGGAAGAUACUGUCAUAGCUUUACCUCGGUUCUUGACUAUCCCUUCUCAACUGUUGACCGAUAGGCCAAUUAUGAAUGUCAGGCAUCAAGAUUUAAAAGCCCACUUCUUUGGAGUUUAUGAUGGACAUGGGGGCCAGCAGGUUGCUGAAUAUUGCCAUAAACGCAUUCAUUUAGCAAAUCGACUCCUCUAG